GAUGAAGAGCCUUCAGUUCCGGAACAUCGCCCCCAAGGCCCCGGCCGUGGUGCCCUCCCCCUCCCCUGCGGUCCUGUCCUGCCAGCCUCCCUCUGCCCUCCCUGAGGCUACCACCGCCUCCAGCCCCAAGUCCAUCAUUGUGCCCACCCAAAACUAUGCACUGAUGCAAAUAGCCGGUCAGGAUGGCACGUUCUCCCUGGUGGCGCUGCCCCCUUCUGUCUCCUCUCAGACACCACAGCAACAACAGCAACAAACCCAGUCAAUCCAAAAGAACCUCAAACUGCCCAUUCCCAGAUACCAGCCAGUGAGGAGCAAGGGGACCACAGAUAAGGUCAAAUCACCACCACCAGCUGCCACGAUGAAAAAGGCCUCCAAGGCUACUAUGACAUCACAGACCAAAUCAGUGGUGGGUGGGUCAUCAACAGCUGUAAAGAAAAAACAGGAGUCCAAGCACACAAAAGAAACCUUAGUGCCGAAAGAGGAACCAUCCGAGCAGGUAAUUCUGAUUGACCCGGGCUCCUCGGACAUCUCUGUCACUGCUCUGCUUCCAGACAAUGCUGUCCUGUAUCCCAGCUCUCAGUUGGAGCGAACGCCAGAUGGCUCUGAACGACCCGCUACAACUGGCCUUAUUCAAAACCUCCAGUACCCCCCUACUGCUGUCAAAAGCUCCCCAGUCAAAUCCCCAGAGGAAAGUAAGACCACAGUGAGGCUGUGCCAAUCCAGCCCCACCACAGGCCAGCCCCAGAGCAGUAUCACUGUCCUGUCCCCGGCCAUCUUCAGCAAAGCAGUCCAGAUUAUCCCAUCCCCACCUAAGGGUAAACUGCCCAUUCUGCCCUACUCUAAAAUGAAGAGCACCCUCAUACCAGCUGCCAAGCUCAGCAGUUUGUCGCCAGAGAAGAAGGAUUUCUCCAGCCAGACAGGACACACCAGCCCCAUAGAUCCUACAUCCAAGACCCUCGAGCCAGCCGAAGCCUUGAGUCACAACCAGGUGUCAAACUCUGCUCUACAGCACCAGGCCAAGACCACACUCAUGCCUGUGUUGGGGACCCUCCAGAAACCACCCGGCAAGAAGCGAGGGAGGAAGAGAAAGACAAUGGAAGACAUCUUGGCAUUUGAGGCCAGAAAGAAGAGGUCCUUGUCCUUUUUCCGUAGAAGGGUCCCUGAGAAGCCGCCAGCAGUUGUUCCUGGCUCCAAGCAAAAGGAAGUUGACAUUUCAAAGAAGUACCGGAGCAUCCGCCCCAAGCCUAUGUUGGUUAUGGAAACAGUUCCCCAACUGGUUAGUCUGCCUGCCAUUACCUCAGAAGGCCAGGAACAGGAGCUCGUACUUGGUCCCCAGCUCCCCACCACUACUCCAACCAAGGCCCCUGACUGUCCUCCCCAACCAGCCCCAGUGACCCUCCACCUGAAAGGUGCCUCCCAUCCCAGAGUGUUCAUAGGCAGCCGUCCGCUGCACCGCUGUCCCACCUGUAGCCGCUGUUUCCAGUUCAAGCACCACCUCCAGAGCCACAUGAACAGUCACACCAACAGUCGGCCCUACGCCUGUCCAGUGUGCCGCAAAGCCUACGCUCACUCCGGCAGCCUGAGCACCCACAUGAAGCUUCACCACUCGGAGGUACGACCACGUCGCUCUCUGUGCUGUGAGUUCUGCGAGAAGGCCUUUGGGUAUGUGGGGGUGUACUUCAGUCAUCUGAGAGAGGUCCACAAGGUGGUGCUGACCGUAGAGCCGUCGAUCAGCCAUCAUGAGGAUGACGUGUCUAUUGAGGGGGCCAACUCCCCAGAGCCAUCAGAUGAGCAGGACCAUGAAGACCCCGUGGAGCUGCAGAUCAAAUGUGGUCGUUGUCAGGCGAUCACUCCCACCUUUGCUGACAUGAAGAUGCACUUACUGUACGUGCACAGGGAAGAGGUCCAGGUUCGACUUUAUGAUGGCCAACCUUUGCGGGGGGGCCGCGAGGUUGAGAAAGAACUGGUCAAGCACGCUGCCCACUAUUGGCGGCAAUUCAACGAGAAACACAACCUGGUCAAGUGCGGCAGCUGUGACGAGGAGUUCUUCUCCUUCUCCAAGCUCAAGAGGCACAUCAUGUCCCACCACCGGGGAAGAGAGGGGGUGGACAGCGCGACCAUCUCAUCACCAGACAGCGGUGGAGGACUCGGUGUCCUUGCGGCAGGUGCAGCCUUUAACUGUGUGCUGUGCAGCGAGGUACUGGACACUAAGGUGGGGGUUAUGGAGCACUGGAGGAGUUGCCACCACUGUGAGAAACCCAGCCUGCUUUGGGACGCCCUGAGCUCCUACCCUGGCCAGGAAGAAUGUGAGGCGGACGGGGAUCUGGACACUCCUGCUCUAAGCCCACACUAACCAGCCUGGCCCUCGGAGGGCAUGGAGCCCUUCACUGUGGCUCCUCCUCAUACACACUCAGUCCUAACAAUCAGCAGCACAGGGAUGGAGGGUCUCUCUUAUGUCUUUUACCACUAGUUUCAUCUUUCACCAGUUGAGGCUUUUGACGUGGGCCAAAAGAAAGGAAAGGAAAAAGAAUGGUGAAAACUGAUCUUUGUGUUACAUUUCAUAAGAGAGAUUCUCUCUAGGUCAGAGAAUCCAAUUUUAUAAACAAUAUUAUUUCCAUGUUA